UUCGGAUCUCACUCGCAGCUCGGACUUGAAGCUUCCAAAGGUCAUCACUUCUGAAACGUGUUUCUAACUUGUUAACUGAACUCAACCCUGGUGUGCAUGGGUAGCUGCUCGCAGGAAAAAGAAAAGCAAAUGGGUGGACUUGUUUGCGUUUUCGAGAGCAGUUAUUUCAGGAAAAAUUGAAAUGGGUCGUUUCUUUUUGGCACCUUGCCUGGUGCUGCUGGCUGUGCUCCUGCUGGGCAGCGGUGCUGACGCUCUGCAGGUGAUUGGUGGAAGCGUGACAGUGGUUCAAGGAGAUACAGCUGUCUUACCUUGCAAACUCAGACUCAUUGACUCCACGGAAGACUUGACACAGAUUACCUGGCAGAAGAGGACCAGAGAAAAACCCAGUAAUGACAAUUUUAUAACUGUCGGACCAAGUCAAGAACCACAGUUUGUCCAUAGACGUGAUGAUCGAUUUAAAUACAUCGGGAAUUUUAAUGACAAAAAUGGAACUCUCCAGUUAUCCAAUGUUACCCUGAAGGAUGAAGGCAGCUACACGUGCAUCUUCACCUUGUUUCCCGGUGGAACUAAGAAGACUGAAAUACCGCUAAAAGUUACUGUGCCUCCUUUCACAAGUGUGAUGGACAAUCUUCCCACUUUGGGCACAGAAGAGGUUUUAUUUGUUACGUGCACAGCUGCGGGCUCCAGGCCUCCUGCAGAGGUGAGGUGGCUCACUGGUGUUUUGGGAGACAAAUUGAGGACGACAACAAAUUACAUCCAUUAUGGCAAUGGUACGACUACCACAGUCAGCUCUCUGUUUGGUGUACCUACCAGAGAGAUUAACGGCCACCAGGUCCAGUGUGUCAUCAGCAGUCACGCCAUAUCUACAGAAGAAACCCUGCCCUUCAUCAUACAGGUCUACUUCUCUCCCACAGAAGUGAACAUGAAAGCAAUUUCAGGGCACUCAUUUGAGUGUGUGACAGAAGCCAACCCAAAUGCAAACUUCACCUGGAGCAGAUAUGGCCAGUCUUUACUACCAUCUGUUGUAAAAGUAGAGGGUGCAAAGCUACAAGUGCUGAGUCUGACCUCUGAUCUUAAUGGCCUCUAUCAGUGUGAAGCAUCUAACACAUAUGGAAGAAAAUACGGUCAGCUCUAUGUGCAUGUGGCAUCAGAAGCAUGCUCUGCUGCUUGGGCCUUAUUUGGUGUUUUGCUUUCCCUGAAUGUCAUUGGAGCAGCAGCAUGGUGCUUUCAUAAAUCUGGACAUUUUCAAAGGUGCUUAGAACAAUCAACCUCAAUAUACUCAAUGUGUAGCAUAAAAUGUUGUUCUCCUGACAUUAAAGAUCAGUAUCAUGAUCACAUGCAGAAGAGGUAGUACUACUGAUUUUAUAUUUAUUAUCUCAUGCAUUUUGCACCAGAAUUCUUUGAUAUUUCUUCAAAAAAACAUACAAAUUAUCCUGCUGCAUGAAACAAAAUUUAAGUUUCUUGCAUAAUACACGAACAAAACUUCUAUUUUUCAAU